AUGGCGGGAAUUUCUGAACAAUUGAAGCCAGACACCUACAGAGAUAAAACCUUCAUAUCAAAAAGAAGCUUCAGAAAGACCUUGGUCAGUAAGAGGCGCUAUGCACCAGCGGAGAGUGACGUCACCACUUACUGCAGAGAAGAUGGUUUCGCUCUACACAGUGCCCAGGAAACACUGCCCUUUGCUGGUUGGGUCAGUGCAAUAGUUUCCCUGAAUCUAGCCGCCCCUGAUGGACAGAGGUUCUCGGAGAGUUUGGCAGAUAAGGGAGGAGCAUGUGAGCCUGAAAAUGUUAGUCAGAAAGUUCAAUCAGACCAAGACGCUAGAGUCUUAGCCAAUCACAUGGCAGGGCAGGAUCCCAGCAACUCAACUAAUCACAUGGCAGAGCAGUAUGCCAGUAUGUCAGCCAAUCACGUGGCAGAGGCAAAACCCAGCAACUCAGCCAGUCACCCAGAACAGCAGGAUCCCAGUGUGUCAUCCGAUCACAUGGCAGAAGAGGAUCUCGGUGCACCGGCCAAUCAUGACGCUGGGACGGAAGAAGCGUUCUGCUUUGCGUCAGUCAGGCUGAAACUGGAGGACGAUUCUGUCGAGUCAUGUGACUCGGCAUCGCCUGCAGCAUCGCAACAAAAAACAACAGCAGACCGAGACGUAGGGAAGGCGGUUCGGGAGCAAGGACCGGACCCCCGGGAGAAGCAAGCGGCCCGGCCGCUGUUUGUGUUCGGCGCUAUGAGGAAGCGGAGCGUGGAGGGAGACACGGAGAACCGUCCUUACAAGUGCACCUUCUGCAACUGGGCGUUCAAGAAGUCCAGCAACCUGCUCAGCCACAUGGACACCCACAGCGGGCUGAAGCCCCACAUCUGCGACCUGUGCGGAAAGGCGUACGCCCACCAGGGCACCCUACAGCAGCACCGGCGUCUACACACGGGCGACAGACCCUACCGCUGCCCCUUCUGCAACAAGGCCUACACGUGGUCGUCCGACCACCGUAAGCACAUCCGCACGCACACGGGCGAGAAGCCGUACGUCUGCAGCGAGUGCGGCAAGGAGUUUGUGCGCUCGUCCGACCUGCGCAAGCACGAGCGCAACCUGCACGGCAACGACAAGCCCUUCCCGUGCACGACCUGCGGCAAGACGUUCAACAGGCCGCUGUCCCUCAUGCGGCAUGAGCGCACGCACCUGGGCGCCCGACCCUUCCUCUGUUCCGACUGCGGCAAAGCCUUUGGCAGCGCUGGCCGCCUCGCAGAACACCGCAAGGUGCACAGCGGCCUGCGCCCCUUCGUCUGCCCCGUGUGCACCAAAGCCUUCACCAAGUCCUCCAACCUGGCCGAGCACAUGAGCGUCCACACGGGGCUCCGCCCCCACAGGUGCGCCGAGUGCGGGGUGGCCUUUGCCGUGCACUACCGCCUGGUGCGCCACCAGAGGACGCACGCCGCCACCACUGACGCGUCACCCUGCGUCUGCCGGGCCUGCGGCGCGUCCUUCGGCCACCGCGCGGCGCUGCAGUGCCACCUGCUGCAGCGGCAGUGUAAUGGCGUGCUUUUCGCGUGCUCCCAGUGCUAUAAAUCCUUUCCCUGUGAUACCCAGCUGGCUGAACACAUGCUAAGCCAUGAAACUGCUGUCUGA